AUGGCUAUGCGGGACUAUGCCGCUGACAAAGAGGCUAUAAGAAACUUCUUCGUAGACUUUUGUCAAACUGAUGAUGAGGGACACAAAUUUUUUAAAUACGCAGAUCAACUUACAAAAGUUGCGGAACGGGAGCAGACAUCAUUUGUUGUGGAUUUGGAUGACCUGUUUGAAACAAAUGAAGAUUUGGCAAAUGCAGUCAAACAAAAUACAAGAAGAUACACUAAUAUGGUUUCAGAUGUUGUUUAUGAAAUGUUGCCUGAUUAUAAGCAUAAAGAGGUUGUAGCUAAAGAUGCAUUAGAUGUGUAUAUAGAGCACAGAAUAAUGCUGGAGGCAAGGAAUCACAGGAUACCUGGUGAAAUGAGAGACCCAAGGAAUAGAUAUCCUCCGGAAUUGAUAAGAAGAUUUGAAGUAUAUUUCAAAGAUGUGUCCACUGCCAAGUCAGUACCGAUUCGAGAGGUAAAAGCUGAACAUAUUGGAAAACUUGUAACUGUUAGAGGUAUAGUGACGAGGUGUACAGAUGUCAAACCACUGUUAGUGGUAGCAACAUAUUCAUGCAGUGCUUGUGGUGCUGAGACUUAUCAGCCUGUAAGAGGCUUACAGUUUACUCCACCCCCCGCUUGUACUGCAGAUGAGUGCCGUUUGAAUAAGACCUCGGGACAGUUGUAUUUGCAAACAAGAGGCUCCAGAUUCCAAAAGUUUCAAGAAUUGAAGAUCCAGGAGCAUUCAGACCAAGUGCCAGUGGGGCACAUACCUCGUCAGUUAUCAGUGUACUGUCGCGGUGAGACAACACGGCGAGCGCAACCUGGAGACCAUGUAGCGGUGACUGGUGUGUUCUUGCCUUUGCUUAGCGCCGGUUUCUGGCAAAUAGUGCAGGGUCUACUGUCUGACACCUACUUAGAAGCACAU